AUGAAUAUAACGUCUGCAGCUGGAAUUAUUUCUCUGCUUGAUGAGCCAAUUCCUGAACUGCAAGUUUUUGCAUUGAAGAAGCUGGAUAGCAUCGUUGAUGAGUUUUGGCCUGAAAUUUCUGAAGUUGUUGAACGAAUUGAAAUCCUUCAUGAAGACAAGGAUUUUCCAAAGAAGAACUUGGCGGCUUUAGUUGCUUCCAAAGUUUAUUAUCAUUUGGGUGAAUUUCAAGAUUCAUUGACGUUUGCUCUCGGAGCUGGCAAUCUCUUUGAUGUAAAUGCUCGUAAUGAAUACGUCGACACUAUAAUUGCUAAAUGCAUUGAUCAUUACACUCAACAACGAGUUGCUCUCGCUGAAGGUAAUAAAAUUGAUAAGCCAAUUGACCCACGCUUGGAAGCAAUUGUAAACCGAAUGAUUGAACGUUGUUUGGAUGAUGGUCAAUACCGACAAGCUUUGGGCAUUGCUCUUGAAACACGUCGUAUGGAUGUCGUUGAAAAGUCAAUCAUGAAGUCAGAUGAUGUCACUGGAAUGCUUGCUUAUGCCUUCCAAGUAACAAUGAAUUUAAUUCAAAAUCGUGGCUUUCGCAACACGGUCUUGGAGUGCUUAGUUGAACUCUACCGCAACUUGGGCAUUCCCGACUACGUCAAUAUGGUUCAAUGUUUGAUCUUUUUGGAACAACCGAUGGUUGUUGCUGAAAUGCUGGAUAAACUUACUAAAGGCGGAGAUACACAAGUUCUCAUGGCUUAUCAAAUUGCUUUUGACUUGUACGAAUCUGCAACCCAAGAAUUCCUUGGUCAAGUUUUGCAAUCUUUGAAAGAAACCGCACCAGUCCCGUCAGCGCUCGUAUCCAACUUAAAGCCUCAAGGCAUCAAAGAAGGUAGCAAAGAUGAGAAAUCCUCAAAAGAUUCCGACGUUGAAAUGUCAGAAGUAAAGCCCGAACGUUCCAUCGAAAGCUUAAAUGACAGCGAGAAAAUUCAUCAGAAAAAUAUCGAAAAACUUGCAAGCAUUUUAUCGGGUGAAAUUUCAAUUGACCUUCAACUUCAAUUCUUAAUUCGAAGCAACCACGCUGACUUGCAAAUUCUUCGCGCAACAAAGGAAUCUGUUCGAGUUUCCAUUUGUCAUACAGCAACUGUAAUUGCAAAUGCUUUCAUGCAUAGUGGAACGACAAGCGAUCAGUUCCUUCGUGAUAACUUGGAUUGGUUGGCACGAGCAACAAAUUGGGCUAAAUUAACAGCGACAGCAUCACUUGGUGUCAUUCAUCGAGGACAUGAACAGGAAUCACUCGCACUCAUGCAAAGCUAUUUGCCAAAAGAAUCCGGGCCUUCAGGAUAUUCUGAAGGUGGCGGUUUGUAUGCUCUUGGAUUAAUUCACGCAAAUCAUGGCGCAAAUAUCAUCGAUUAUUUACUUCAACAAUUAAAAGACGCUCAGAAUGAAAAUGUUCGUCAUGGUGGAUGUUUAGGACUCGGUUUGGCUGCUAUGGGAACUCAUCGUCAAGAUGUAUACGAACAACUAAAGUUCAAUUUAUAUCAAGAUGACGCAAUUACCGGCGAGGCUGCUGGAAUUGCCAUGGGCAUGGUAAUGUUAGGCUCGAAGAACGCAUCAGCCAUCGAGGAUAUGGUUUCGUAUGCUCAAGAAACUCAACAUGAAAAGAUUUUGCGUGGUUUGGCUGUUGGCAUAGCUUUAACCAUGUUCAACCGACUCGAGGAAAGCGAUGCUCUGGUUACGAGCUUAUCAACCGACAAAGAUCCAGUUCUUCGACGAAGUGGAAUGUACACGAUCGCAAUGGCUUAUUGUGGAACUGGCAACAAUCAAGCUAUCAGAAAACUACUUCAUGUUGCC